CAGGGGACAACAGCAGCCAGAUCCACCAGCUGCAGGACUCCCGUCAAAACAAACCAUGCACAGCACACGCCACAGACUGGCCCAUUCCUCUUACCUUACAGAUUGGAAAAAAAGUCAAAGGGCAAGGUUUAAAAAGUUACAUCUUUAGGAUAGACGGUGCAGAGAAGAAUGGAGGUGACAGAUGUGAACCAGCUGAUGUCCUUGAUUGAGUCAGGGACAGUAUCCAUCAUUUGUGAUUCUUCACAGCUGGAAGAGUCAUCAGGAGACAUUGAUAGCUCUGUACUGGUAUCAGAUGAAGCCAGUAAUACUGCAAGCAUUCUUAACCAGAACCUUGGUGGACCAUUGGUUGUCAGGGAAGAUGGUGAAACCAAAAAAACUGAUGCCAUCAACACAUCAUGCUCAGUGCAUGAUGAAUUCAGAGGCCUCAGUCAGAAUGCAAAGGAGAAGAGGCUGGAUAAGUACCAUCCUGAAUGUGGCCAAGAUAAAUCUUCAGCACAGCUUCAGUUAACAGCAGACCAGUAUUUCAUUCAGAUGAGUGAUGGCCAGAUCAUCCAGGUUCUUGGAACUUUAGAACAGGAUGCCGAGGAAGAGGCCUUACCUGAAGCUCCAUUGGAGGAAGGAGUUAGUGAGGCAAUUCCAGGCCAUGCGGAGGAUCCUAGGGAUGGUGUUCAGAUCCUGGUGGUGGGCAGCAACAGUGGAGAGGAUAUGUACCUGAUCAGCACUCCAGAUAAGGAUACAGAGGAUAGUGACUUAAGAACCUCAGUUACACCUGAGGUGAAGAAUAAUACAUUACUGGAAGAUGCUGAGGAAACUACCAUGAUUCAGCCUAACAGUGCCAUGUUGCCAACCCUUCCACCCAGUGAAGAAGAGGAUACUCCUAAUCUGAGUGAAGUUGAAGAUGAUAACUGUCAAGAAAAUCUACUUCAAGACUCAAUCCAUAAUGAAAAUGUUAAAUUUAACUCUAAACUACAGGGUUCAAUCCACAUGGAAGGUACCAAGCUCAAACCCAGACUACAAUCAAACAAAGGAACAGAUAAACUCCCUUAUCUCCCCCUAGGAUCUCAGCUAUGCAACAAAUACAUCCUGCUUAGUGAUUCACCAGUUCAGAAGAACAGUCAGAAGAAACCUUUGAAGGGUAAACAGACGGUGCCUUUAAAAAUACCCACUAAAUCCCUUAAGGAAGGGACCCUGGUAAAAACAGACAGAGGUGACAUGAUUGCAUAUGAUCUGUCAUCUGUAUCACAACUUAAACAUUCAAGUGGACAGAGGUCAAAACUACACACCAUUGCCUCCAUGUUUGGACCUGCAAUGAAAGUAUUGCGGCCGGCAGUAGAGUCCAAGAAUGAAGUUCCCCCAAAGUCCACCUGUAAAGAGUUUUCAGUAUUCAGCUGUAAUGAUUGCAGUGCUGUCCUUCACUCAAAGCGUUCACUCCAGAAUCACUACCGCAAAUACCACAAAGACUGGGAGGAAGAAUGCUUCAUAUGUGGCAAGAAAUUCCUUAAUGCACAAUAUGUACGUUCCCACAUUCAAGAGCUGCAUAGUAGCGAGAAAUCUUUUCAGUGCCGUAUGUGCUCUUAUAAAUGUGAAACCUUGAAAGAUCUCCUCAAGCAUCACAAAUGUCAUAAAGAAUCAAGAAUUUGUUCUUAUUGUGGAAGAAAAUAUAUUACACAGAAAUUAUACAAGAAGCAUGUGAUAAGCUGCCAGGAGCGAAGAAAAUCCCAAUCUUCUAAAAGUAUUUGUGAGCUACCUUCUACUUCUGGUAACUUGCCGGGAGGGGAAAAACAUUGCCAAAAAGCUUUAGAUGGUGAUGAAGACAAUAGCACUUACAUGAAUGAGGAUAAUAUUGGGAUGAGUAGUUCUGCAGAUACAUCAAAUAUUCGGAAAAAGCUUUCCAAAACUUCUGUAGACCCAAAACCUAUGAAGAAAGAUGCUGAUUUUAAAUUUGAAUCAAUACAUUAUCAUAAACAGGCUAAAAAGAUGGCACGGGAACAAUUAAGUCAGCCAGUUCAGCGACCAAGCAGAGCUGGGAGAGAAAGAACUCAUCGCUGUUAUUUAUGUUUCAAGUUAUUCUCAACGGCAGCAGCUCUGAUGUCCCAUAAAGAGAAUUAUCAUCUUGUAAAAUCUGAGAGACCAGUGAGGGUGAAAACUGAUGCUGCACUUGAUGAAGAAGAAGAUUUUGUUGAUGCUGAUAGUAAAAAGGAAGAUAUUGCAUCAUUUAAGAAUGGCCCAGAAGAGGUUGUGAUAAAGGAAGAACCCACUGAACUCUCUGAGGGACUUGAAAAUGUCACCAUUGUUGUAGAUGAAUCUAUAAAUUCACCGCACAUUAUAAAGCCUUUUUGUAUUGCGUGUAAAGGCUACACAAACAUAGAUUUUAGAAGGCAUUCAAAGUGGUUCAGCCAAAUUCCAGAUGACUGCCAAUCUGACAUGCUUCAAAAAUUUCAACAAUUUUUGCCUUGCUCCUUUGAUCCAAGCUCCUUGGUAGAGCCUUGGAUGUUGUGCAAAAAGUGUGUGAUUCUUAUUGACAGAAUUUCAGAUAUGGAAGAAAAACUUAGUUUAAUGAAGAAUGAUUUAUUAUCAAGAGUCAGAGGAAACAGUGGGACGUGUGGUAUUGUAAAGCAAAAUGUGUCAUCUUCAGAAAGUGUCAAUGAAGACAGCCAAACACAAGUAGUUCCUGGUUCAAUAAAAGCUGAUACCAAAGGCAUUGAGAAAAAUUUAUCUGAUAUAGAAGCAUACAUGAAAGACACAUGUGAAAUAAUGGAGAUAACUAAGCCACAGAAGAGGCCAGGAAGGCCAAAGAAAUAUAUAAGGGAAAAAUUAACUCCAGUACUUAUGGAAGAUAAGUAUGGAGGAGAAUCUGUGUCUGAUAUUGUCAAGUUUAUCACUCAUGAUUUGGUCAAGAAAAAACAAGAAAAUAAGGAGGUAGAUUUGGCAGUAACAAAUAAUCCAGACUCAAAAACUGAAGAUAAAGAAUCUUUAUCAAAAGUAACAUUACAGUCUGAUGUAACUUUUGAUGAUGUAAAGGUAAAACAAGAACCUAUGCAGUGUGACUCUGAUAGUUGUAAUUCAGAGGCAGUGUCAUGGAAGGUAAUCUCAUUUACUAGUCAGAGUAACCAGUUUGGUGAUGCAUGUACAAAACCAAAGAAGAGAGAUCAUACAGAUUCACAAUCUGUCUCAACUGAAAUGAUUCUGAGGAAUCUUGAAGCUAUUAGUGAAACUGACUCUCAAAAUGAAAAUCUUGAACUGAAAAGCUCUCAAUCUAUUGCUUUUACUGAUACUAAAUCUCAGAGCUAUUGUGAAAACUAUUCUGAAAAUUUGUCAAGUCCAAGAAAAUCACAUGAUCUUAACAUAAUGGGUGAAGAUAGAUGUAAUGUGUCAGAAACACUAGAUUCUGGAGAGCCUUAUGAUAGCAAGAACUCAAUACAAGAUGGUCUGGAGACCUACAAUAAUAUAACACAGGAAAAUUCAGCCAGCAAUGAUGAACAGUCUGAAAAGCUGUCAUCCACUUCUUCCAUGGAAGAUAAGCAGACUGACAACCCAACUUCAGAUACGCCGGUUCCUAUAAUACAGGGGAAGAAGAAAGCUGAGAUACAAGAAGAAAGAAGUAAGAUGUGUUACAGGGUGGAGACAAUAUUAGGAAAACCAUGGAGAUGCAGAGAGUGCCAUAAAAUGUUCUCCACUCAGCGGGGUGCAUGUGAUCACUAUGCAGCAUCACAUAAAGGAAAAAACUACUCUUGUGAACAAUGCUCAGUCUCAUAUGUCCGCAAGAGAGAUCUCAUAGGCCACUAUAAUAAGAUGCAUCUAAAUAUCAAGCCAUACAAGUGUAAAUUCAGUGAAUGUCAAAUGAAGUUUAGUUCUCAUGGACAGUUAUAUCGCCAUAUGCAGUCUGCCCACAAUACCAAGAAAGAUAAGCAUGAGUGUCACAUAUGUGGUGCAUCUUUUGCUGAGAAGCGCUACAGGGAUGCACAUAUUCAUGUCUGCCUCAGCAAAAUCAGUGGCAGUGCACCUCACAAGUGUCCUUUCUGCCACAAAGCAUUUAAAUUGGCAAGAUACUUGCAGCUACAUCUACGAACAGUACAUUGGUUGAAAGAUGAGCAGUUCCUGUGUGAGAUUUGUGAUAAAGUACUAACUGAUAAGAAGAAUGUCAUCAUACAUAUGAAGAGCCACAUGGGAGAAACCAAAGCCAAAUGUAAAGUGUGUGGCAAGGAGUUUAAUCGCAAGUCUUAUUUGUGGACCCACAUGCGAACACACACAAAUCAAAGACCAUACAAGUGCAACUUCUGUACAAAAGCCUUCACCCAGUAUAGUACAUGGAAAAAUCAUGAGAGAACUCACACUGGUGAAAAGCCAUACAAGUGUUACAUAUGUUCUGCAAAUUUUGCUACAAGUUCCUCCCUCUCAAAGCAUGUACAGUAUAGCCACUAUAAUAUCAGGGACUAUGAAUGUGACAUAUGCAAGAAGAAAUUCAUUAGUAAAGCCAAAGUGGAGGAACAUGUAAAGGUUCAUACUGGUGAAAAACCUUUUAAGUGUCAUGUAUGCAAUCGUGCCUUUAACAAAAAGAAUAAUUUGAAGAAUCACAUGUAUGUUCAUUCAGCAAACAAAAAGUAUAAAUGUGAGAUUUGUGGUGGAAGUUUCAUGAGAAAAUCAACCAUAGAAAACCACAUCCUAGAACACCAUAAGUUUGAGUUUGUCUUAAAUUCCAACAGUAAAGACAAAGAUGCAGAUAUGGAAGUUUCCACCUCUCAGUUUAUAUCAAUGAAGGGAAUAGAUGAUGUCCCUACUGAGGACAGCUACAUCAUUGUGUUUGCAAAUGAAGAUGAAGAGCUUAGUGAUUCCAAGGAAAUGCAAGUUACUGUGUUAGCAGAAGACACCAUCUCUAGUCAAACUGGAAUGACAAAAGCAAGUAUAGGUGCACCAUCUGACAGCAGUGAAGCCAUGACAUCAAUGGGCUCCAGUACUAAUGUUUUAUCAGAGGUGAUUCUUGAUGAUCCAUCUAGUAGAAGCUCAGAUGCUCUGACAACUUUAAUAGCAAAUGGAAUUUCUCCAUCUAUAACAAUACCAGAGGGAAGUAAUGCUAGUGUAAAUCAAGUAAUGGAAAUUGAUGAUAAUUCUUUUAGACUUGUAGCAGCAGCAGAUACUACAGCUCCCUUAUACUGUGGAUGAUUUGUGUGUGUGUGUGACUCAUUCCAGUAAUCACAUCAUAAAAAAAUAUCAACUAUAUAUUUUUUCAAUCACGUUUUUUUCAAUUUUGAGCAUUAUCAUGUUCAUGAUCAUCACGGUGAUUCACACUUAUCUUUCCUCUUUCUCUUCCUCUUCUCCCUUCUUAGCAAUACUGCUACCACUACACCUUCACAACAGGAGCUUUAGUAGCAUUGAUAAUAGCAUCAAUACCACACACACACACACACACACACACACACACACACACACACACACACACACACACACACACACACACACACACACACACACACACACACACACACACACACACACACACACACACACACACACACAUCCUUUCCCUUCACCCCAUCUCUAGUUAUGUGAUUUUGGCAGUGGGAAGAGGAGAGCAUCUAUUUUCUGUAUUGGAGAUCAUGUGGAAGGGCAGAGCUAAAGUACAGGGAGGGAGGGCUGGAAACAAGUAAGGGAGGGACUAGACUAAUACAUCAGGAUGGGCGAGGAGUGGGAUGGUGGGUGUUGACAUAGGGUCUGGGUAGACAUGGAGUGGCAUGCAGACAAUUGUUAUUUCUGUCACAUGCUAAAUGAUUCAGAACAACAUGGCUGAAAGGUUAUUAAUUUUCCAUGUUGUCACACAGUUCUGUCUCCUCUUCCCCGAGAUAUGAGAAAAUCACUGGUAAUAUUUAAUUGAUUUUUCUCUUGUGAUGGUUAGCUUUAUCUUGAAUGAAGGGAAAGGUAUUUGGUUGUUUAUUUCUGCAGUGAAGGAUCUAUAGAAUAGGAUGAAAGAGGCAUGUGAUACAGUGGUUUCGCAGAGGUUGCAGAAUUACUGCUACUCAGGAAGCAGGAAUACAUCUUUCUACUCCUCCCUUUCUAUCUACCACACAACCUGCUCAUUCCACCUCACACAUUAUUCUACACCUCAUAUUUUCACCCCUCAUAAACUUCUAUAUAACCUAUAACACUUCUUCACUGCCUCACAAUCUCAUCCACAUCAUUCAUAAUACCUUUUAUCUCUCUAUCCACCACACAAAUAAUAUCCACUAGUUACAGGGAAUUGAAUGAAUUUACAAUGUGAUCAUGAUUAAUAUAAAUUUGAUCUUAAUUUUAUUGUAUGUAUGAUUUGGUGAGACUGGUAGUGCUGUGGAGUAUUGUGUUACAUCUUUGAUGAGCUGAUUGUAACAACAAAAAAAAAAAUGUAUAGUGUGGUGAGGAUUGUGAUAUUGCUGCAUGUUAUUGUAUUGUAUUAGAUCAUGGAUCAACAAAAGUUCAUGUAUGAGACACAUUGUGUAAGGUAUGGAAGUAAUGUGUGUAAAUAAGACAUUGGAACUUGGAAGUAUCAUAUGUAAGAUAACUAAAUGUAAAACUGCCUCUUAUCCACUUAGUACAUUUCUAUUGAGGAAAUCUG